AUGUCAUUGGAGUUUGUAAAAAAUCAACGGGGAAAAGAUCUCCAUGUUCAUGGUGGAUUUAUUUAUAAAAAAGAUAGAGAAGGCGAUAUAAUAAAAUCCAUAGAUCAUAAUCAUGUACCAGACGUUGCAAAAAUUGAAGCUAAGAAAGGAAUACACUUGUUGUUGUGUAAUCUAAUAAAGGAAUAUGCAACAACAACAGUAACAACUACAAGAGCUAUACUGGGAGAAACGUCAGCACAGUUACCAUGUGCAGUGGUAGGACAGCUACCGAAUAUUAAAUGCUUGAAGAAAACAAUACAGCGGUCUAGAAAAAUGGUGGAAGCCAGUCCUGCAAACCCUCAAUCAUACAAUUUUGAAAUUCCAAAUAAAUUUCAAAUUACGUUAAACAGUGAACAAUUUUUAUUAUUUGACAGUGGCGAUAAUAGUAAUUAUGACGAUCGGAUUCUAUUAUUUUCAACAGAAAAAAGUUUAAACGUAUUAAGAAAUUCGGAUCAUUGGUUUUCGGAUGGAACGUUUUCAUCUUGUCCAAAUUUAUUUGGUCAAUUAUAUACGAUUCAUGCAGUUUACUCUGGUGAAAUGAUACCGUUAGUGUAUGUUUUGUUUCCCGAUAAAAAAGAAGUAACGUAUAAUAAAAUGUUUCAAGCAUUAAAAUCCAUUAAGUUUGAUUUAUGUCCGAAAUCAUUUACAACAGAUUUUGAAAAAGCAGCAAUGAACUCUAUCAAAAAUGAAUUACCAAGUACAGAAAUACAUGGCUGUUUUUUUCAUUUUAGUCAAGCAGUUUGGCGAAAAAUUCAAAACUGCGGAUUGACAACAAAAUAUAUAGAAGAUGUAAAUUUUGCAUUACAAGUUCGAAAAUUAAUAGCGCUGGCUUUUAUACCUAUUGACAAAGUAGUUAAUUAUUUUGAAGUUUUGUUGGAGAGCGAUUUUGAUAUGGAAAAUGAAAAUAUGUUAACUCCACUAAUCCUAUUUCGAAACUACGUGGAUCGGAAUUUUGGACAGGAGAGGUCGACGUCGACAACCGCAAUAUCCUAUCGAAAUAUGGAACUGUUCAGAGUGUCUUGA